AUGUCCGGCUCACUGAUGCCUGUGGCACAACCUUUGAACACCCCAAAUCCGCUCGCUGAACGUGGAGAUGCGAGCGCGCCACCAGCGCAGCAUGCAGCAUUUGGGUCUGAUGAGACUAUCAUCACGAAUCCGCUCGAUGAGCAACAGCAGUUGCUUGUCCAAAGAGAAGAAAACGCUCAGCGUUAUGUACAAAUGGCUGCAACCCUUGAACGCCAGCGUGACUAUGUGUUCACCCCACCCAGUGUGGAGGAACGUUUACGUCAAGCGGCCGGCCAAACAUUGGCAACGUGGGUCAUUGGCCAUGGGCCUAAGACUCCUGAGGAGGUGCUGAGCUGCCAGGCACUUCGUGAGAGGUACCUGGAGCCGCACCUAACGACUCAAAGUCAAUACAAGGCACGCCUUGACAUGCAAGCACGUGGUACACCGGUUCCACCGAUCAAGGGUAUACCCAUUCUCUUGCUCGCAGGCGAAACCGUAAGCUAA